AUGAACCAACGCAGUAAAAACCUUGUGCUACUUACACUUUCAAAUGGCAAUCAAAACUCCGUUGAAGUGCAAAAUUUAGCCAAAUCUACAAGGAUGCCAUGUUCUGAACAUACAUUGUCUCAUCAUACAAAUUCCGAGAAACAAGUAGCACCAGCCAAUCUAGAUGACCUUACAACAACUACUCCAGAGCAGGAUGAUACUACUUUAGAGAACCCCAGUAACUCUUCGUCUAUUUUAUAUGCCACUAAUGAAACGAAUGAACGAAAUAAUAUCGACUUCCCAACAGGUGAUUUAUCCGGCACUGAUUCAGGAGAUGAAUACAGGCCUGACCCUCGUGCAAGGUCGUCUUCAUCCAGUAGCUCCAGAAGCAGUUCCAGCUGUAGCUCCAGUAGUAGUUCCAUUGGCAAUUCAAGUAGCAGUUCCAGUGAUACUCCUGCUGAGAAUAAUAAUUCUAAAAAUGAGAGUCUUUUUAACGGGCAUAACCAACCAGAGCAACCUAUAACUAAACCAAGAGGCAGAAAGCGUACGCGUAAUCCAACGACCUGGAAAAAGAGUGUUGCUAAGCGAUUAAAAAAUUCUGGUCAAACUUAUAUCUCAGUAAACACCAAAAAACUAAAUCAAGGUAGGACAAUGGGACCUUCAUGUACCUCAAAAUGUCGGUUAUCCUGUGCUGCAAAAUUUACUGAACAAAAAAGGACGGAAAUAUUUAAGUCUUACUGGAAGUUGGAGAGUGUAGAAAGGCAACGGGGUUUUUUAAACGCUUGUACAAGAACACUAAAAUGUGCUUACCCCCGCAUAAAGACUAACAAAAUGUACGACAGAAAAGAAAACACUGCAUAUUACUUGCUUAAUGAGAAUAAAGAGAUCCACGUCUGUAAAACUUUUCUGAUCAACACUCUGGGUAUCACACAACGGAUAAUACGGACUGUUAUCGACGGCAAAGCACGGAAUGAUGGCUUUACGCCACCUGAUCAACGAGAAAAACACGGAAAGCAAUGCAAAUUGCAACCUGAAGUUAUACAAGCAGUAAAGGACCGUAUCGAAUCAAUUCCAAAGGUUGAAAGUCAUUAUCUCAGGGCUAAUACUAGCAGACAAUUCAUUGAUGGGGGCAUGGGGCAUGGGGCAUGGGGGGGAUUUGACAGUCGCAGAAUUGCACAGAAAUUAUUCCGAAAUUCAGAAGCAACAAAACAAGCCUAUUGUAAACUACGACGUCUACUCACUGAUUUUCAACCAAGAUAUUAA